CUCCUCCUUCCACAUUCCGGCCACCCCAGCCCCGCUCUCCGGUCUCCCCAGGUGGGGUCCCCCUCAGCCCUGGCCGACAGGGACACAGAGCAGCGGCUGCUGGAGGCCUCCAGGCGCUCGGGCCAUUCUGUGUUUGUGGCCCGGGGCGCCUUGUGGGGAGCCGAGGACAUAGCCCGGCUGGAUGCAUCCGGGGGGCUCCAGAGCCUCCGCAUCACCAUGGCGACACACCCCGCCGGCUUCCGGCUGGAGGGCUCCCUGGGCCAGGGGCCACGCCAGGGGCCUCGGACUGUGCUCUACGAGGGGCCCGUCCGCGGGCUCUGCCCCUCGGCCCCCCGCAAUUCCAACACCAUGGCGGCUGCCGCCCUGGCGGCCCCGAGCCUCGGCUUUGACGGAGUGGUUGGCGUCCUGGUCUCGGACCUCAGUCUGGUCGACCGGCACGUCAUAGAUGUCGAGUUGAGCGGCCCUCCGGGCCCCAGCGGCCAGAGCUUCUGCCUCCGGACCCGGCGAGAAAACCCAGCGGAGCCCGGGGCCGUCACUGGCUCCGCCACCCUGACCACGUUCUGGGGCAGCCUCCUGGCCUGCGGCAGCCCCCACACCUCCGAAGCUGGCCUCCGGCUGUGUUGAAGCAGCUGCCGCUGCCGCCGCCGCCACAGCUCUGGACUGUGCCUCAGUUUCCCCUUUCUCACGCAGCCAAUAAAAUGUGGGGCUUCUUUGCCAGAAUAGAAA